UGGCCGGGCUGCCUCUCGCAGGAGCGGCUGGCGCGCCCCCCAUCCAUUCCCCCCUCCUGCGAACCUCCAGGUUCCUUAGCUGGCCCAGGCGGAGUCAGUGUCAGUCAGGGAGGCGGACUGCUAAGCAGUGGAUGCGAACAGUGCUUUGCAGUCUCGCCCCAGGGGUUGGUGCCUGCGCUUGUGCCGCCGGGUGGGUAGAAUGAAGCCGCAGCUGGAGCAGCCACCCUAUGAUUGGCUGUGGCGCUUGUGAACCCGAAGUAAAGAUGGCGGGCGGGCCGGCAGCCGCAGCACUGCCCACUAGGAAGAUGGCGGCGCGCCGCAGCCUCAGCGCCCGCGGCCAGGGGGUUCUGCAGGCGGCAGCGGGGCGGCUGCUGCCGCUGCUGCUGCUGAGCUGCUGCUGCAGCGCGGGUGGAUGUGCAGCGGCGGGCGAAAACGAGGAGACGGUGAUCAUCGGAUUGCGGCUGGAGGACACGAACGACGUGUCGUUCAUGGAAGGGGGGGCGCUGCGGGUGAGCGAGCGGACCCGGGUCAAGCUGCGAGUGUACGGACAGAACAUCAACAACGAGACAUGGUCCCGCAUUGCUUUCACCGAGCACGAGCGGCGGCGCCACAGCCCCGGCGAGCGCGGGCUGGGGGGACCCGCGCCGCCGGAGCCGGACAGCGGCCCCCAGCGCUGCGGCAUCCGCACUUCAGAUAUCAUCAUCUUGCCUCAUAUCAUUCUCAACCGGCGUACAUCGGGCAUCAUUGAAAUCGAGAUCAAACCGCUGCGCAAGAUGGAGAAGAGCAAGUCCUAUUACCUGUGCACGUCGCUCUCCACGCCGGCCCUGGGCGCCGGCGGCUCGGGGUCCGCGGGUGGCGCCGUCGGGGGCAAGGGAGGCUCCGGGGUGGCCGGGCUCCCGCCGCCCCCGUGGGCCGAGACCACCUGGAUUUAUCACGACGGCGAGGACACCAAGAUGAUCGUGGGCGAGGAGAAGAAGUUCCUGCUGCCCUUCUGGCUGCAAGUGAUCUUCAUUUCGCUGCUCCUCUGCCUAUCGGGCAUGUUCAGCGGCCUCAACCUGGGACUCAUGGCCCUAGAUCCGAUGGAGCUGCGCAUCGUGCAGAACUGCGGCACAGAAAAGGAAAAGAAUUACGCCAAGCGCAUCGAGCCCGUACGCAGGCAGGGCAACUACCUGCUGUGCUCGUUGCUGCUGGGCAACGUGCUGGUCAACACCACGCUCACCAUCUUGCUCGACGACAUCGCGGGCUCAGGCCUCGUGGCGGUGGUGGUCUCCACCAUCGGCAUCGUUAUCUUCGGGGAGAUCGUACCCCAGGCCAUUUGCUCCCGGCAUGGCCUGGCUGUGGGGGCCAACACCAUCUUCCUCACCAAGUUUUUCAUGAUGAUGACCUUCCCCGCUUCUUACCCGGUCAGCAAGCUGCUGGACUGCGUCCUGGGCCAGGAGAUAGGCACCGUCUACAACCGGGAAAAACUGCUGGAGAUGCUCCGGGUCACAGAUCCCUACAACGACCUCGUUAAGGAGGAGCUGAACAUCAUCCAAGGGGCGCUGGAGCUCCGCACCAAGACCGUGGAGGACGUGAUGACUCCCCUCCGGGACUGUUUCAUGAUCACCGGCGAAGCCAUUCUGGACUUCAACACCAUGUCAGAGAUCAUGGAGAGCGGUUACACUCGCAUUCCAGUAUUUGAGGGGGAGCGCUCCAACAUCGUGGACCUCCUCUUUGUCAAAGACUUGGCCUUCGUGGAUCCAGAUGACUGUACUCCCCUGAAAACCAUCACUAAAUUUUAUAACCACCCCUUGCACUUUGUUUUCAAUGACACCAAGUUGGACGCUAUGCUGGAAGAAUUUAAGAAAGGUAAAUCUCACCUGGCUAUUGUGCAGCGAGUAAACAAUGAGGGAGAGGGGGAUCCAUUUUAUGAAGUGCUGGGAAUUGUCACAUUAGAGGAUGUGAUCGAAGAAAUCAUCAAGUCUGAGAUUCUAGAUGAAACAGAUUUAUACACUGAUAACAGAACGAAAAAGAAAGUAGCCCAUCGCGAAAGAAAGCAAGAUUUUUCCGCCUUUAAGCAGACAGACAGCGAGAUGAAGGUUAAAAUAUCACCACAGCUUCUCCUGGCCAUGCACCGUUUCCUAGCAACAGAAGUAGAAGCAUUUAGCCCAUCCCAGAUGUCAGAGAAGAUCCUUCUAAGGCUGCUAAAGCACCCCAAUGUCAUCCAGGAACUGAAGUAUGAUGAGAAGAACAAGAAAGCCCCAGAAUACUACCUCUACCAGCGAAACAAACCUGUAGACUACUUCGUUCUCAUUUUGCAGGGGAAAGUGGAAGUAGAAGCUGGGAAAGAAGGUAUGAAGUUUGAAGCCAGUGCUUUUUCAUACUAUGGCGUAAUGGCCCUCACAGCCUCUCCAGUUCCUUUGUCCCUGUCUCGUACCUUUGUUGUCAGCAGAACAGAGUUGUUAGCAGCAGGUUCUCCAGGUGAAAACAAGUCACCUCCACGCCCGUGUGGCUUGAAUCACUCGGACUCUCUGAGCCGCAGUGACCGGAUCGACGCGAUGACACCGACGUUGGGGAGCAGCAACAAUCAGCUCAACUCUUCUUUCCUCCAAGUCUACAUCCCUGACUACUCAGUGCGAGCCCUCUCUGAUCUCCAGUUUGUUAAGAUCUCAAGACAGCAGUACCAAAAUGCCUUGAUGGCAUCCCGGAUGGACAAAACUCCUCAGUCUUCAGACAGUGAAAACACUAAAAUUGAAUUGACUCUUACCGAGCUGCACGACGGGUUGCCGGACGAGACGGCCAACCUGCUCAAUGAACAGAACUGUGUGACGCACAGCAAGGCCAACCACAGCCUGCACAGCGAAGGCGCCAUCUAAUGUCCCUCCCUGGCCCUGGCCCCAACCCGAGGCCCGGCCUCCUCCAUCUGACCGUGAAUCCCAUUAGUGUGAGCUUGCGUGCCAUGCUGCAUCCUGCAACAUCCUGAGACCAAAGACUUUGUCCCCUUCCUGGAAGCAGCAGAGGAGGCUGGGGAGGGCAGGAAUGGAUACCCGAGAUGUGAACCUGACAGCCAGAGCGUGGCAUUCAAAAUUACGGAAAUGAACUUCUUCCGCCCGAAUAGAAUCAUGUUUAUUUUUUCAGCUGUACCUUUUACCAUUAUUCACGCUCCUCCUCCCUUAAUUUGCAUGGAGUUGAAAAUUGUUGCGAGAGUUACUAUUCCCCCCCCCCCCAGAGAUCAUGUUUUUGAAAAGUAUCUUUUGCAGAGUUUGAAGUUGUUCUGUCUGAACUCUGCUAUGACCCCAUGAUGUGACCCUGAGAGGAUGGACUUGCCCCUCCAGGUGGCCUGCCUUGGGCGCCCUGGGGAGAGGCACCCUUCCUCUGUGCCCCAGGGGGUGUCGCUGUCGAACUUGAAGGAUGAAUGAAGAAAGCCACGUUGGCACCGACCUGACAAGGCUGUGGGCACUGUGGGGCGGCGCCCGCACGGGGACCCGCACUCGCUGAUCUGAGCUCAGUGUUGUUUUAAGUUAAUGUUUAAAGGUGUCCCUUUCCCUCAGAAAGGUUUAACACUUGCUUGGAAUGUGAUCUUGCUCCCACUCUAAGGAGUUUUUAUCACCAAAAUGAAUGUUAAUGAAUUUUACACCCAUGGUUUAUCAUUGGCAAGAGGCAAGGUGGCUUCACGCGACAUUCCCAAAACCUGGCCUCUUCCCCGCCCCGCCGUCGCCCACCGCCCCAUCCUUGCUCUUGUAAACCCGAGAUGCUGCUACACAGAUGCCAAAUGGAAAUCUUCCACAGGGCUCUUGAGUAAACUCGCGGUAUGGUGUCCACGCCCCUCCCCUGCCCGCUGUCACUGUCAGAAAACAAGUGGGACCUUCCAGCUGUGCUCUGUGCUCCGCGCCAGGAGGGCAUCUUUAGACCCAUGUGUUUAAAGGAGGAAACUCUGGGGCCUGCAGCCCUGCCCCUCCUUCCAGGGAGCCAACUGUCCCUCUGCCCCUCUGUCCCUGGGCCCAUGGGGCCCAGCAGUGGCCGUGUCCCCGCCCGAGGACCUCUGUGCCUCCUGCCUCAGACACGGUCCACGCCAGAGAGGCUGCCUGUACAGCCAGGGUCGGUUGGCCCCAAACAGGGAUUCAGAAACCAAAUGUGUGUUGUGGCCAUUUCGUGUGUGUCUCUGUCUUAUUUUAAUACCAAAUUCAUCACGUGUAGUGAAAUUAA